AUGGCGAUUAUUUAUGCGGUUGUGGCGAGGGGUACGGUGGUAUUAGCGGAAUUCAGCGCCGUUACGGGAAAUACAGGUGCCGUAGUACGGCGGAUCCUCGAGAAGCUUUCGCCGGAAAUCGCCGAUGAAAGACUUUGUUUCUCUCAAGACCGUUACAUCUUCCAUAUCCUCAGAUCUGAUGGGCUUACCUUUCUCUGUAUGGCCAACGAUACUUUUGGAAGGAGGAUUCCGUUUUCGUAUUUGGAAGAUAUUCAUAUGAGAUUCAUGAAAAACUACGGAAAAGUGGCACAUUAUGCUCCAGCUUAUGCGAUGAAUGAUGAGUUCUCGAGGGUUUUGCAUCAGCAGAUGGAGUUCUUCUCUAGUAAUACUAGUGUAGAUACUCUCAAUCGUGUUAGAGGAGAAGUUAGUGAGAUUCGAUCGGUUAUGGUAGAGAACAUUGAGAAAAUAAUGGAGAGAGGUGAUAGGAUUGAGCUUCUUGUUGAUAAAACAGCAACAAUGCAAGAUAAUACGUUUCACUUCAGGAAACAAUCUAAGCGCCUCCGCCGAGCUCUUUGGAUGAAAAACGCUAAGCUCUUGGUACUGUUGACGUGCUUGAUAGUUCUCGUGCUGUACAUACUAAUCGCAUCUUUCUGUGGAGGUAUCACUCUAUCGUCCUGCAGAUCGUAA